AUGGAAAAGAGUGUGUGUGAACGGUUCAGUGUCGGUUCAUAUCCAACGCUCAAGGUCGUAGCUAAUGGGAUGGCCUAUGAUUACAAUGGCCGUCGUGAUGUGGCUAGUAUGGUGGCAUUUGUUACUAGAGGUUAUAAACAAGAGACUGGUGAACGUGUAUUGAGUUAUGCCGAGUUUAUUGAGCAACGCAAGGCUGCAAUGACGGAACAGGACGAGAAUGAACGGAAGAGUGCAGUUGUUUACCUUACAACGGUCUUGUUUGAAGAACAAGUGCUAGGGAGUAAAGAACCAUGGCUUAUCAAGUUCUAUGCUCCAUGGUGUGGCCAUUGUAAACGUCUUGCACCGACGUGGAACAAACUAAGUCGGACACUGAAGGAGAAUGGAAGCAAGACGCAAGUAGCUAAGGUCGACUGUACAGUACACCGUCGAGUCUGUUCACGUUUUGGCGUGAAUGGCUUUCCGUCUCUCUAUUAUAUCAAUAAUGGACAAGUGUAUCGAUACAAGGGUGGACGUUCGCUCCCUGCAUUCCUCGACUAUGUGGAGAGCGGCUGGAAGACGGCUGAGUCCAUUGGUCCCGUACCAGAGGAAGGCAUUCUUUCCAAGAUUGUUGACAUUGUUAUCGAAUGGGCGACAGAACACACAAUUUUGGCUGUUCUAGCGGGUAUCUUGGCAAUUGCUAUUGUUGUGGCCAUCUUGGUAGCUGUAUUGGACUACUGGCUUGGUGUAGAUGAUGUAACGCAGUACAAAAAGCUACUUGACGAGAAGGAAGAAGAGGAGAACAAGAAAGAUGGAGAGACGGAGGAUCUUCCACCUCGUGUGCCAUCCGCGUCGCAGGCCAAGAAAGCGGGUCAAAAGCCCAAGGACGAGUAA